CUCGAAUCCAUCCUGUAAUUAUCACACUAAUUUCCUAAUUAUGCUAACUUCUUUUGUCAAAACCAAUUCAAUACAAAAUUUUCACAGCCGGCAGCGUAAAUUACCCGUUAUCGGAUCAGGUUUAUUAUUCAUUGCGAUCCUAUUGAUCCCCUCCCUCCCUCGUAUUCUCCAUUCAGUACGAGCGGGGAAGCUUGAGGUGGAGCAACAAGAUCAAGAGCAACCAACGCAAAAUGGCCUCGGAGCCCCCGCCUUUCCAAGAAGCCGAUCAUUGCGACGUUUGCCACUGCGGCUUCAACACUUUCCGCCGCCGGGAUUAGUGAAUUGCUACCGGUCAAUCGCUUGGAUAAUCUGAAGUGCCAUUCGCACCAUUGCCGCUGUUGUGGGAGAACUUUGUGUCACGAUCACUCCUCAAAUCAAACGACUUUACCGCAAUUUGGAAUCUACACCAAUGUCAGAGUUUGUGCUGAUUGUUUUGACAAUGCUACACGAUCAGGGGCAGGCAAUCAUCAGGCUACUUCUGAUUCUGUGAAUUCCAUAACAGAUCAAGUUUCCAGAUUAGGCGUUGGGGCAGAGGUCGAACCAAUAAAGAAUCCAAGUGCACAAUAUCAGUCUCAUGCAACUGUUAUAGAUUGCAAAUGUGGAAUGCCUUUAUGCAUAUGUGAAGCUCCAACUGCAACUACUGAAACAGUUCCACCUCAGGCAAAAGCAACGUCAACAUCUGCUUCAUAUUCAAAUCCAAAGCCCCGGAAGAUAGAUGCCAUUCCUAAAAAUAGAGCAUCCAGUUCCAGUAACAAGCCUAGUUCGGUUUUCAACCAUGGUCAGAUGAACAAUGGCCUUGCAGAUAAACCUCAGUUGAACUAUGAAGCUAGUGGGGAGGGUUUAAGGGAAGCCAUAAAGAAUGAUGAUUCUGCUGCUGUAAGGAAGCUUAUCAGCCAGGGUGUAGAUGCGAAUUAUCAGGACCGGCAAGGAAUGUCUCUGCUACAUCUGGCUGCUGUAUUCAACCGAACUGACAUUGUUUUUAUCCUAAUGGAAUCUGGUGCAAGCCUGGACUGCAGAAAUGCACAAGGUAAAUUUGCAUAUAUUCCACAUUUGUAUCACCUAGUUCUUUAGUCAAGUUGUUAGGAUUGCUUGAGUGGCAAUUGAACUAGAAAGCCACACAAGGAUGGAAGAGGAACACAUUCAUGAACCACAGACGUUGGACAUGUCAAUUGACAGUGCAUGCUUGUUGGUUGUUGUCAAAAGUCUGCUUUUACAGAUUACUUCCAGGUUGUCAAAGAUAGAGUUCGUGGGGGUGUCCCAGAUUCUCUUAGUUGGAUGCUAUUAUUGAAGCUUGAACAUGUCUAGGUCCUAGGAAGGCACAUCACGCUUUUCCAGGCUUGCAAUGUCUUAUAUUUACUAAUAAUAAGCCGAGGGCUUGUUUCCAUGAAAAGGACGAUAUUGAGGAAGACAUGUGUUGCAAGGUGUAGGGUGUGGUAGGUCAGGUUUUAUUUUCUUUCUUUUGGCUUGGCUUGCCUCAUCCUGACCCACACUGGUGGUUUGAUAGGGGAAACUCCACUUGACUGUGCUCCCGCAACGCUGCAAUACAAGAUGAGAAAGAAAUAGAAGAAAGUGGGAGAAGGACCCGCAGAUCAGCGUUUGAGAUCCCUCCAUCCAUCCAUCCAUCCUUCCUUCCUUCUUUAUAUCUUUGACCUACUUUGUGCAAAUUGUAUGUUUCUCCGAAAGCCACUUUGGAUGAUUGAGUGCAGCAUGACGCGGGGAGGAUGUUGGAUGUGUGUAUGAAUGGUCGUACAUUCGAGUCUUACCUUCCCCCGAACAACACAAGCUGCUACUGUGCUAUAUGUUUUAAGCAUAUCCAUGUUUGAAUUACAGGGCAGAACCUUUCAAGAACAAGGAUUGGUGUUAUUAUACGUUCGUAUUGUAUGAUAUGACAGACCUUAAUGUUAAGCAGUUGUGACUUGUGUCAUGUGCUGUUGGUUAAGGGUGUUUGGAAUUUGGAUGGGAUGUGAGUCGGAUGGGUGGGAUUCAGAUGUGGAAUUGGGGUCUAUCUGUCGGGUUCCCUUUCGGUGUCGUUCUGCUUUCUUCUUUCACAGUUUACUUUAAUCUACGAGUAAAUUAGUUAUCUUCCAAAAGAAUGACGACAUGGAU